AAGCGGAGAUAGAAGAGGACAGCCCUUCUCUCUCCUCUCUCUCUCUCCCCCUCUCUCUCUCUUCCUUUUCAAGUGUUUUCUGCAGCUGCUGCUUGCUCAAAGAUAGCGCGGAAGGCAAGAGCAGAGGCGGCGAAGCUCUGGUCCGCCCGAGGGUUGUUGCUUGAACCAUGGACGGCGUAGCAGGUCGCCUCGGCCGGUCGUCCACGCGCUACGGUCCGACGUCGGUCUUCAGCGGCCCGGUGCGGCGCUGGAACAAGAAGUGGGUGGCGCUCUCCAAUCCUGACCACCGCCGCCGAAGCAGCAUCAGCGGCGGCCGCCACUCCUCCCGUAUACUCCUGUACAGGUGGACCCCCGUCGCUGCCCUCGCCAAGGACGACGCGACUCCACCGCCCGAGGAGCCGCCCCGCAGGAAGUUCCGAUACGUACCGAUUUCUGUCACCAGGGAGCGAAAAGAAGAGUCUUUGCCAAAAUCCAACAGCAGCCCUAAACUUAACAUAACCGAAGGAUUCCCUCGCAAAACCCAGAUAGAUCCUUUCGACACAAAUCCUGACAUGAACAAUGUCUCUGCAGAAAUAAAGGUCUCAAGCAAAGAUCAAACAUUCUCAGGAUUAGGAAAUGGUGCUGAUCUGGACUUGAGUUUGGGUUUGCGAGCUCCGGAUGGUGAUCAUGAGGAUGAAUCCAAAACAACCAGACGAGGCGAAGGCUACACUAAAUCAGUGAGAGCGGCGAGUUCUACUCGGGACACAGAAAUGAAGGUAACAAAAUCAGUAGCACAAAACAAGUUGAAGAGGAAGGCCAUAAGCCCUGACCUCGAAAUGGCAGUGUAACUCGAUAUAAGUUAUACUUAUCUUCCUCGUUUUGUCCUGUUUUGUUAGCGUAAGUAACCUCUUUACCCUCCUCAACGAAUGUAUUGUAGUUGUGUGCUGUACAUGGGUAAGGUCUUAAACUUGUGUAGUGUAUGUGCUAUGGUGUUUGACCCUUCGCAGUCGUUUCUAGCUUUUCAGUUAA